AUGCAUCUUUGCCGAACUAAGCCUUGGUCAGAUGAAAUCGACGAUUUGAAAACUGGAGACGUAGUCGUCACUUCUGUUUAUUCUCUUUACGAGAUUGAAGAGACUCCGGGAAUUUGGGUGUGCGCAACAAUUGAAACUGUGAUAGAUGACUGGUGUUAUCUAGCAUGUCGAAGGUGUAGUGGCAAAAUGGAAAAUAUUGAUGAUCAAGUCGAGUGCACCAAGUGCAAGGCAACAAUUGGUAUUUAUCGGAUCCGUUUUUGUAUUUGUGAUGAUACUGCAAACGCAACAUUCAUCUUAUGGGACCGGGAGUGCGAACGGAUCAUUGGAAGGCCAUGUCAUUUGUUGAAGAGUGCCUUUGCCGAGCAGAACGCCAUGAACUUUGAAUUGCCGAAGGAAGUGUCUAAUUUGGCCGGCAAAACAAUGUUGUUCAAGGUUAGGAUACAACCUGAAAAGGCUGAUACUUAUAGAGCUGCCUUCUCGGUUAUUCGAGUUGUGAUUGACGACAAUUUGGUGUCCAAGUACAAGCAUUGGGAUGUUCCAAUAGAGGAAUCUGAUUUCAUGACACUAUUGCUUAGGGAAGAUAACGACAAUGGGGAGGAUGCGGCUAUUGAGGAUGAAAUUACAAGCCCCAUGAAAGUUGUUCAACAAGUUUAUUCUGUUGGUGAAUCAUCAAGUGUGAAACGCAAGCUUUGGGAGGAAUUGGAUGAAGAAGAAGAAGAAAUGGUUGUUUUUGCCGAUUCCACACCUAUUAACAAGGGGAGAGCUAAAGAUUUUGAUGAGUCCACACCUAUUAACAAGGGGAAAGCUAAAGUUUUUGAUGAGUGA